ACGCGGAUUGCCAGCUGAUUCGAGCUGUGUAGACGUGUACUAGCCCAUCGCUUGUAAUCUUUAUGUAAUUGUCAAGGCUUUUCAAUCUAGGCAUUUCACACUUGAACAACGGAGUAGUGUGGCUUAUUCCUUAAAUAAACAUGACCUCGAUCGAAGAACUGAAGCUGCGAGUGAGGGAGCUUGAGAACGAGUUGAUCAAGUGUAAGCAAAAGCGAUGUACGGCGAUGUGUGCCGAGGAACCUGCCGACAACAACCAACCUCAUCACAGACCAAGGAUCGACAAAAUGAGUGCAGAAGUAGUGGACUCAAACCCUUACAGUCGUCUGAUGGCUUUGAAGCGAAUGGGCAUUGUUGAAGAUUACGAGAAAAUCCGGACGUUCACUGUAGCCGUGGUGGGCGUUGGAGGAGUUGGAAGUGUGACUGCAGAAAUGCUCACAAGAUGUGGCAUUGGUAAGCUCAUCCUGUUUGACUAUGACAAAGUGGAGCUGGCCAAUAUGAACAGGCUGUUCUUCCAGCCUCACCAGGCUGGCCUCAGCAAAGUAGAGGCAGCUGAACACACACUCAGGAAUAUCAACCCAGAUGUGCAGUUUGAGACCCACAACUACAACAUCACCACCAUGGACCAUUUUUCACAUUUCAUGGAUCGCAUAAGUUAUGGGGCGCUUCAGGAAGGAAAGGCCGUAGACCUGAUUCUGAGUUGUGUGGACAACUUUGAGGCGCGGAUGGCCAUCAACGCAGCGUGUAACGAGCUGGGUCAGAUCUGGAUGGAGUCAGGUGUGAGUGAGAACGCCGUGUCCGGACACAUCCAGCUCAUCAUCCCGGGGGAGACGGCCUGCUUCGCAUGUGCUCCUCCUCUGGUGGUGGCGGCCAACAUUGAUGAGAAGACCCUGAAGAGGGAGGGGGUGUGUGCUGCCAGCCUACCCACCACCAUGGGUGUGGUGGCAGGGAUCCUGGUCCAAAACGUUCUCAAGUACCUGUUGAAGUUUGGCACAGUCAGCCAUUACCUGGGCUACAACGCCAUGCAGGACUUCUUCCCCACUAUGGCCAUGAAGGCCAACCCCACGUGCGAUGACCGCUACUGCAGGAAACAGCAGGACGACUACAAGAAGAAAGAGGCCGAGCGACCCAAAAAGGUUGUAGAGGAGGUGGUGGAGGAGGAAGUGGUUCACGAGGAGAACGACUGGGGUAUUGAGCUGGUGUCGGAGCAGACCGAAGAGGAACUCCAUGCAGCUUCAGGCCCCAUCCCCGACCUCCCAGAAGGCAUCACUGUGGCCUACACCAUCCCUGAGAAGGAGACCGGGGCGUCAGGAGGGGAGACGGUGGAGGAAACAGAACAGAGUCUAGAAGAGCUGAUGGCCAAGAUGAGAACGAUGUAACCGGGACCAGGAAGACACCUCAACUGUCAGACAACCAUCCAUCAUCGUCGUGCAUCGCUUAUCUCCGCAACAUUGCAGUGAAGCUACCACCCUUUUCUAAUAACGGAGCAUCGACACCAUACAGUAUACCCCCCUGCAAUGGAGCUUUGCAUCUCCACCUUCUUAAAUCAAGCACGGUUUUUCAUACCCACUAUACGUACUACAGUAUCAAUACGACUUAAUGCAUGUCCUUCUGCUCCUUUGACAUGAAAGGGAAUGCAGUGCAUGGUUAAUGAGCUCAAGUGCUGCUGUUUAUGAUCUUCAUAUUCCCCAAGGGUAUACAUUUACUAGUGUAAGCCUGUUCAAUAUGGAAGCAUAUAACUGUUGAAAUUCAAUUAGAAUUUCAGCAUUGGAGAGCACAAACUGGAUGCUGAAAUACCCUAUGCUGCCCCUAAAUUGUAUGUAAUUAUCUUAAAUAAACUUUUGCUUGAUGUAAUGGACCAGAUACAUACAGAUGUUAGUUUUAUAAUUCAUUAUGCUUGUUGUCCCGAGAGGAAAUACUGUUGUAACACUCAGAGUUGAAUAAGUAAUUGCUGUUAUGGAUACAGUCUCGGACCAACUAUUACUACUGUAUGGAAUGCUAAUUAAUUAAAUUGUUAAUGCAUUACAUCCUUUCUUCUAAAACAUUUUGAAUGAUGGCGGCUGAGGCCUAAUGUUUCUCUGCAUGACAAUCCUGCCUUAAAUGUAUCUGUUCCAUGUCUAUCUCUGGUCCGUAGUGUUACGACAACAACGAGUGGCCUCUGCUACACGUUGUGGCGCUAUGGACCAGUGCUACUCUCAGCUGUUUAAACUGAUACAGCUGUAACUGAAACUUUCUCUGCUGAAACUGUACCGACUAACUCUCUGUUUCCACACUUUGUUUCAAUAAAGUAUUUAUUAGCCAGUUGA